UGCCAUGAGGAAUGACACGCUGUACAAGUUCGUUAAUCCGGGUUCAACACUUUCGCUGAUUCGCUCGUACCAAGAAGCGAGAAACGUCUUCGCUAUUUCUCUGUCUUUAAAUUUACUCCUCAUUGUGUUGGGAAUAAUUGUGAAUGCGAUCAUAUGCUAUGUUAUGCUGCGUGGGAAACGCUAUAAGCGAAACAGUUCCAAUCUAUUUAUUACUCAUUUGUCGGUGGUUGAACUGGUUCAUCGCUUGCUUAUCUUUCCCAUUCUAAUUUACUUCGCCAUUCCAGCAUCGGGAAUUCAAAGUUUCCAGUGUAAAGUUGUAUCAUUCUUUUCUCACGUCUCUGCAUCGGCCAUAUUUGUUAGCCUGGUUGCCAUUGCUGCUGAUAGAUAUCAAAACAUUGUCCAUCCAUUGGCAAACUUGAAAUCAAACAGAAAGCCCAGUUUGCUCCUAAUUGUGGUUUGGGUGUAUGCUACCGUCGUGUCAAUCCCAACUAUUUUCAGCGUAAAAGCCGUUCCAGUUUCAGAGAUUCCGGAGGCUAAAGGUAUGACCUGCGACGCCGAUUGUGCUGGCAAGAAGCUGUGUGAUAUCCCUCAAAACUCAUUGGGUCGAUUUUCAACCACUUUAUAUUUUCUUCUUGCAUUUGUUAUUAAACUUGUCGUCAUAUUUAUAUUUUACACCAAAAUAGCCAUCUUCCUGCAUAAUAGAGGCAAGAAUGGGAUGAUGCACAAAGUAGCGGUAAGAUCUACGUCCAAAGCAAUACGAAUGCUAAUAAUAACUGUAUUAGGAUACACGAUUUCUCUCGGUCCUCGUGUUGUUGUGGCAGUAUUGAGAUCUUACGGCAUUUUUAACGGAACUUCAUUUGCGGCCAUGUUUUUAUUUCAUGCUUUGGUGGAUUUUGCGAGUUAUUCAAGCUCAAUGGGAAAUCCCCUGAUUUAUUCGUACUACAAUGGAGAUUUUCGAAAGGAAAUCGUUCGGGUUUGUCGCAGAAAAAAAGAUAAAAAAAUUGCCUCAUAUGCAGUGACAUUUGUAAACUGUAACACAAACAACUAACUGAGUGAUUUCGAAUUUUUAGGUGGGAAAGAACUCACCAAGUUGUGUAAAUUGUAGACAGCAAUAGUAAAAUCAGAGUGGCUUACGCGCAAAAUUGGCUAUAAUGAAAUGUAUAUCGUGUACGUGCUUCUGUCAGGUUAACGUUAUGGUAAUUUUUAGUACUUAGCUGUACAAAGUUAAGAGAGAUUUAUUCCCUAUUUCUUUUCUUGAUUUAUCUCUCUUGUCUGGUUCAAUACGUUCGACAGCGAACGGCUCGCAGUGGGAGCUAAACAUCACACUGUUGAGUUGGUUCAGCUUCAGGGACAAGACAAGUGGUAAUUACAAGUAGCGCACAUGCAGUUGGAAAGCGCGUAUCAUUUACUAUGAACCAAGUUAGAUUUAAAAUCCUCUUGUCAGCCCUUGAGACUGUUUGAAGAAACUUUUAGAUACGCUGAAAACGUGUUGAGAAUUAUAAAUAUUCUGAGAGAUAACUGCUACCGAGGGCAGUGUUCAUGAUAAUCGUGUAAAGCAGAGUCAAUUUUGCAUUAUAUGGGAUGACGGUAAUAUGAUCCGUCAAAUGCUGAAGGGCAAGCUGUGUUAAUGUGUGACAUGUUCGACAUUAAACUGUGACUCUGUAAUAUAAGCAUGUUGUUAAGUUUCGAAAUGGUGACAUGGGAAAUCAUUUUAACCCCCAUUAGC